AUGUCCUGGGACCCCAGGGAUCGAUACAAUAGCAAGAGGGCUCGCUCUCGCUCUCCGCCUCCCCAGGCACCACCGGAUAAAUUGCGGCAUAUCGAUGGCCAAUAUCGAAGUAGGGUCCAAGGAAGUGGGAAUCGAGGCGCCUGGAACAUGAAGGAACAAACUCGAGUUAAUCAGCUACAAGAGGAUGAAAAGAUGCGCGAAUGGGUUGCCCAGGAAGACACAUUUGUGCUCAGACAAGCGAAAAAGAAGGCAGAAUUACGAGUCAAAGAUGGACGCGCAAAACCUAUCGACUGGCUUACAAUUACUCUUCGGGUUAUUGACCCGACUAGGAAUCCUUUGGAUGACGAGAUUGCGGACUCGGAGUUGGACCUUGUUGAACCAGAAGGUGUUUUUGAAGGAUUGUCAAACGGACAGUUGUUAAACCUUGAGAAGGACAUUGAUACCUUCUUAUCUCUUGAAACCAGUCUCGAGAAUCGUGACUAUUGGAAGACAAUGAAAGUAAUAUGUCAGGAUCAAAUUCAGAAAGCAGAAUCCUCUGCACCAGAGAAGCGUGCUGUUACUUCAGUAGCAGCUGACAUUGACAGACUGCUUAGCCCCAAAACCUACGAUGAGCUUGUCGCCUUAGAGAAACAAAUACGUCGAAAAUUAGAUUCUAACGAGCCGAUUGAUACCGAUUAUUGGGAGCAACUCUUAAAAAGCCUCUCAGUGUGGAAAGCGCGUGCAAAACUAAAACGAGUUUAUAGUGCCGUGAUCAAAAAUCGCGUUAAUGAGCUGCGGAAACAGCAGCGGGAGGAGGCUGAGAGUGUUCAGAAAAAGCUCGCUCCUCUAGCCCCCUUAAGGGAUUCACAGUUCGCCCAACAGGAAUCCGAACAAAUAACUCUACUUGACCCUGAACCUCUUCUUCAGCUACGAGCUCAAGACAAGAAUUUAGAAAUUAUGGACGAAGAAGAGUUGCUAAGCCAUAUCGCGCAAGAACGAAAGAAAAUUAUAAAAAUGGGAUUCGUCCCGCUACGUAACCGCUUGACUGAGAAACAGGCCCCGUCGGUGAUGUUUACAGCAGAGUCUUCGGUCAUCCCGUCUUCCGCCCCACGCUUCCUUCCAACAACAAACGAUGAUUUCUCCCAGGCCACGAAAGCUUUGUACGAAAGAGAGGUGGCACGAGGCGUUAGUGAAAACGAGGAGAUAUUUGCCGGAGAAGAAACUAUCAGCACAUCUAAACCAGCAUGGGCGAAUAAGUAUAGACCGCGUAAGCCGCGGUAUUUCAAUCGUGUGCAAAUGGGGUAUGAAUGGAACAAAUACAACCAAACUCACUACGACUACGAUGAUCCUCCGCCGAAAGUUGUCCAAGGAUACAAAUUUAACAUAUUCUACCCCGACCUUAUUGAUAAGGCAAAAGCUCCAACAUAUCGUAUCGAGAGAGAACACGGCAGGAAAAGAGGACAGUCAUUCGCACCCGCCGGAGAGGAAGAUACAUGUCUACUUCGCUUCAUUGCUGGUCCACCAUAUGAAGACUUAGCAUUCCGUAUUGUAGAUAAGGAAUGGGACUACAGUGCAAAACGUGAAAGGGGAUUUAAGAGUACGUUUGACAAGGGCAUCCUACAACUUCACUUCCAAUUUAAGAAGAUAUAUUACCGCAAGUGA